AUGGCUGCCCGCAUGUUUGCCCCAAAGGUUGCUUCCCUCGUGGGAUCAACCUCCGCCAAAGUCGCUCGUCCUGUUGUUCGCAGCAGCAUCCAGAGCUCCCAGCGUGCUUUCUCCGCAGACCAGCUCAAGCCAAUUGAGCUCGAGCUCUCUGGACCAAUCCACUGUUCCUGCCCUUCGGCCGAUAAUUUGCUAAAGAUGAGUCUUCCAGGUGCCGCCAUCCGCUCCAACACUCCAUUCCAGACCAUCAAGCGUCAACAAGCUUCCCAAAUCCUCUCCGCUACCCGCAACGUUGCCGGCAAGCGUCACUUCAACUCUGAGAUCGCCACCGCCAUGGUCCAGGUCUCCCAGAACUUGGGUAUGGGUUCCGCUGCCAUUGGUCUCGGAGGUGCCGGUAUCGGUAUCGGUAUGGUCUUCGCCUCUCUGCUCACCGCCGUUGCCCGCAACCCUAGCAUGCGUGGUCAACUCUUCUCCUACGCCAUUCUCGGUUUCGCUUUCGUUGAGGCCAUCGGUCUGUUCGACCUCAUGGUUGCCAUGAUGUGCAAAAGCAUUAGAGCGAGGCAAACUGGUCUUCAGCGGUCAACAGUUCCAUUAAUCUCAAGCUUUGGCUCUUCUGUCCUUCCCAUGUUCAUUGUACGCAUCGUGGUGCUUCGGGUGAGAGAAGAACGUCCGCACCGCAAUCCCCGAUACUCGACAAUCAUGAACGACAAGGGAAGCGAAGGAACGCUAGAGCGCGGGAUAUCGGAACGACUGCUGGGGGGACGGUCCGAUGCUGCAGAUAAAUAUGCCAGCCGGCCUGAGGAGGAGGAGGAAAAGGAAAAGGAAGAGGAGGAGAUAGUGGAGGGGGAGGUAGUGGAGGGGGAGGUAGUGGAGGAGGAGGAGGAGGAGGUGGAGGAAGAAGAUGAGGAGGAAGAAGAUGAGGAGGAAGACGAAAAGGACGAUGAGUAA